CCCAUUUUGAAAAGAAUCAUAUUAACAUUAACACCUCUUCCCCUCUUCUUCAGUGCCUUCACAUCUUAUGCUUUUUCUCUCUUCAUUCUUUGUCUUCCCUCAAAUCCAUGGAUAGCUCAAACUCAAAGCCUCACGUCGCACUCCUCUCUAGUCCCGGAAUCGGCCACCUCAUCCCAGUCCUCGAGCUCCGCAAGCGCCUCGUCGCCAACCACGGUUUCCACGUCACAGUCUUCUCUGUCACCACCACCACCGCACCACCACCAAAACCCAAAACAGCCACCACCACCACCACUUUGGAUCUCGUCGACAUAUUUGAACUGCAUGUAGACAUCUCGGGUCUAGUCAACCCGAAUGCGCCAUUCGUGGAACGUGUCGGUGUCACCAUGCGUGAGUCCCUCCCGAUCCUCCGACAAGCCAUAUCGGGCAUGGAUCCUCGUCCGACCACUCUCGUGGUCGACAUUUUUGGAACAGAUGCCAUGAAGAUUGCCGAUGAGUUUGACAUGUCCAAGUAUGUAUUCAUCACAACUUCAGCUUGGGUGUUUGCUUUUUGCGUUUUUGUUCCGACAUUAGAUGAGGAAGUGGAGGGUGAGUACGUUGACCUUCAAGAACCCGUGAAAAUCCCGGGUUGUAAUCCGGUUCGGGUCGAAGACUUAGUUGACCCGAUGUUGGAUAGGAGGAGUCAGCAGUACUUUGAGUUCCUACGUACGUGCAAAGGAUACUUGUCGUUUGAUGGUGUUUUGGUUAACACGUGGGAAGAUCUGGAGCGGCCAACCCUUAAAGCAUUUAGAGAGAAUGGAAUCUUAAAACAGGUUCUUAAGGCUCCGAUUUACCCAAUCGGGCCGUUGGUAAAACGGGUCGGAUCAUCCGGGUCGAGGUCUGAGUUGUUGGACUGGUUGGAUUUGCAACCUUGUCAGUCGGUGUUGUAUGUUUCGUUUGGGAGUGCAGGAACGGUGUCAGCUAAGCAAAUAACCGAGCUGGCUUGGGGGUUGGAGCUGAGCCAACAGAGAUUUAUUUGGGUGCUACGCCCUCCCAUGGAGAAGGGUGGACCGCACGAUCUCAACGAUUGUGAUGAUGUAGCAAAUUACUUACCUGAUGGAUUCCUCUCCAGGACUCAUAAAUUGGGGCUCGUGGUCCCGACGUGGGCCCCACAGGAAGAAAUCCUGGGCCAUCGAUCGGUUGGAGGGUUUUUAUCGCACGGUGGUUGGAAUUCCAGCUUAGAGAGCAUUUUGAGUGGGGUGCCAAUGAUCAUGUGGCCAUUGUAUGCAGAGCAAAAAAUGAAUGCUGCAAUGGUGGUGGAAGAGCUUGAAGUGGGUGUGAGGGUGGUGCAAUUGAGUGAAGUGGUGGAGAGAGAAGAGAUAGCAAAGUUUGUGAGAAUGGUGAUUGAGGGCAGAGAAGGGAAAGCAAUGAGGACUAGAGUCAAAGAACUUCAGUGUAGUGGUGAGAGAGCUUUGAUUGAGAAUGGAUCUUCUUAUGAGUCAAUGUGUGAGCUGGCUAGGGACUUUGAGAUGAAGCUUAAGUACUAAAAGGAAAAAUAACAUUAUAAAUAAUUUUGAAGUUGUGACUUAUUGAUCAAUUAGCUGAUCAAUCGGUCAUAAUUUUGGCAUAAUUUUUGUGACUCCUAUACUUAUUGUAUUGUGUGUACUGGCUUUCCUUCUAUUAGUAAUGUCAUUAUGAAUAAUGUUGUGAUGAUGAGUGGCGGAGUUGGUCCAUUGGUGUAUGUGCACUCUCAACAAAUGAUUUGUCGCCUUCCCCUUAAAUAUAGUACAUGCUGUGUGAUGUUCUUUGAACUAUAUUUGAUGGUCGUUACCUUUUCUUUUCUUGAAUAAUGUUAUGAU